AUGAAAUAUUUGGAUACAAUAAAAUUGGACCGAAUUACUAGCGAAAUUCGUGAACGUUCCGAAUUUCUCGAUGUCAGAUUGGAAGCGUAUUCUUGUAAAAUGGUAACUGCUGAUAAGAGAGAAUGGAAGAUAACUAAGGCGGCGCGAAAAGCAAUGGAAUCUUCAUCGUCGUUGUUCGAUCCGCUUGAAUUAAGCUCCUACAACGAGUCACUGAAGAUGGCUGCUGAAGGAGAAAGACCUCGGCACGUUUCUGAACCAUCGUGUUCACACCAAGAUGAUGUUCAACUUUUAACUAAGCAGAAUCAAAAUUUUGACGAGAAAUUUUAUCGCGAAAUUUUCGAUUUAACAUCUGUUUUGAAUAUUUCUUAUCCGGAUUACGAUUUUUCGCUUGUAAGAACUGAUUCGUUUUCGCUUAUUCCAAAUUUCAGUACUUUGGUUGAUAUGGUCAAUUCAAAAUUUGAUACACUUGUGCGAGCCUUUUACGAAUUGAGACCAGUUUUGUGGGCGAGUGUCAACGAGGUUAUCAAUAUUAAUGAUUGCACUUUUUACAGCUAUACGCCGGAUUUUAAGAACGAUCCAUUUUCGGAACCGGGAGUCAUAUGGUGUUUUAACUAUUUUUUUGUCAACAAAUCUCUGAAAAGAGUGCUUUUGUUCACGUGCCGUGCUUUCAAUCGCGAUCCUUUUCCAGAAGAACGCGAGGAGGAAGCUUAUGAAAUGGAUUAA